CUUUCUCAGUAAAACGAGCUCUCCCUCCUCGCUGAGCUCGCGCUCUCAUGAAGCUUUCAUACAGCUCCGAAGUCUCGGUGCGUUGCGCCGGCUGGGGAUCUGAUGGUCUAGGUGUAGCUUUGCUCGACUUCCGAAUCCCAUGUCUUGCUGCCGCGGAGUUCUGUGGUGAUGACAUCUUUCUUCCCGGUGCAGGACGAGGACGACCACUACCGCUCAGCUGGAAACGAUCGGCGUGCGCUUCUUCAAUCUUGCGUCGUUCUGCUUCAUCCUGAGCUUGCCGAUGAGCGCGAAGGAUGAGUUCCUCUUCUGCUUGUCUGCGCCUCUGGACGUCUUGGGCAUUGCUGAAAUAGCGGGAGUAGUCGUUGGGGUCCGCCAUGAUUCUGCCUGUUCGUCGAGCUGAGAAGGAAGUGGAUGAGAAGGCAUUGUGGAUGGGCUUUUGGGGGCGAGGGGAGUUGUAUGGUCGAGGACAAAGCAGCGGAUGUCCAUUGUUGGUGAAGGAGCUCACAUGGCCGGAUGCGGAAGUUUUUGCAAUUGAGUGAAUCAAAUCACAAUGGGGAUGGAAUUUUGAGAUUCCGCAUCCGGCGACUUUGAUCAAAGAAUUUGACGUUGCCCAUGCACCCCGCCUAUCGUGACUCCCUAUGAGUAUGUGUUGCAGAAGAGCAACCAUCAAGCUUCAGCAGAAACACGAGCGCAACGCAACACUCUUUGCACAAGAUGACUGACCGCUAUCCCUCCAUGUCUCCCAGUAAGAGACCUCGGCUUCCCAUUGUGGAAGCCUUGGCUUGGUCUGAUGAUGAAGAGGAGAUGCCUGAUGCUGAGGAGAUGGAAGAGCGUGAAGAAGCCGCUCGAGCGUCGCGCGUACUCUACGGCGGUCACCAUACCGAACCGCGCAGACGUAGCCCUCCGCGCAUGCGCACGACAUUCGAAGGCCAGUACAAUUGGUCCUCUGAGUCUCCGGGCGAGAUGCUGUUCACUCGUACCAAAAAGACUGAACAACCAGAUGGCACUUGGAAGAGCAAAGUCACUCGAACCACCGUUGCAAAAAACCCAUACGAGUUCGAACCUACCACGCCGCCCACUCCACCGCGCCCAUCAAGACUACCUCCGAGUCCGCCGCGAACUCGUCCUCGCCUUGCAGAGCGGCUUUCCCCAGCAAGAUCCUCCGCCGGUGCGCCAGGCUCCUCGUCUCGUACCAACUACCACCCUCACCACCAGAAGACCAGCCCCAAUCGCAUCAGCAAGACCACGUCAGAAAAUCCUUUCUACAACAGCAAUAGCAACAGCAACACGCGUCGUCCUUCUAACAGAAACUUCCACACUGCUGCUACCAUUGGUCCCGCUACAGCUCCUCCUCCUCCU